GAUUUUGGAACGAUAACAAAAUUGAAGCAAACAACAAUGGCCUCCUCAACCUCAAUCUCAGGAUUUUCCUCUCUGAAUUCGAUUUGCUCAUCCAAAUCUCACAUCCAUGCGUCUCUUUCUUCGAGCUUUCCACUUGGGUCUCUUCAUCGUCAAAGCCAUGGCAGCUCUGUCAAUCGUAACCCUACUUUCGCACUUGUACUGAACAAUAACAAGUUCCAAAGAUGGAGAAACAUGGUUAGGUCGGUCGCCGAAGAAACCCUAGUUCCAGAAGAGACUGAUCAGCCCGUCUCUGCUCUCACCAUGUUCUUUCAGGCAGAAGGAACAAUGAAUGAAGCAGCUAUUCGUACAGUGACCAAUGCUUUAGAGGAAACAGAAGGCAUUGCCAAUUUAAAAGUUCAAGUUGUCGAGGGAAUUGCAAGUGUUGAGCUAACAAAAGAGACGACAAUACAAGCUACAGGGGUGGCCUCCAAUUUGGUUGAGAUCAUACAAGGUUCGGGCUUCAAACUACAAACAUUAUACUUGAGCUUUGAGGAUGAAGAAACCAUCAACUAGAUCUCAUAUAUUGAUUUACCUGUCCGAACCUCACAAAGAAAAGGGCACAUGAAAGCUCUUUAUCAGAAUCCUAGAAUCUAGGCUAAUGCAGCAGAGUUGUUGUACUCACUUGUCAUAGUUCCAUGGGCAUUUCUAUUGUUUAGUGUUUUGUUAUCUUCUUCUUAUGUCUCUGAAAGCACACUAAGUUGUGAAAUUGUGUUUAGAACAUGUAUUUUCUGUAGUCCCAUUUGUCAUUUGUCCAGUUUAUGCUGUUUGUUAGCUCGAUUCAGCUGUCACAGUUAUAUUGUUUGUCAAUACUAAUCAUUUGAAUUAGGUAGAGAUUUUGUUCAUAA